AGGACCCACUUCCUUUCCCCCUGGGGCUCGCCCUGCCCCAGUCCUGACCAAGCCUCAGGAGGAGCAAGAGGUGUGCGCCCUGGCCCUGUGCCGAAUCCAUUAAGCUGGGUCCCAACUCCUUCUCCCCUGCCCGCCUGCCCGCCCGUCACUCUGGAGAUGGUCCUGCUUCUCCUCCUCCUUGGGGGCAUCUGGGUUCAGACUCAGACGGUGAGCCCACAGGUUCCAGAGAACACGAUGAUUCCCACGACGACGAUGCCCGUGACAAUGCCCACGACGACGAUGCCAAACAUACCUGGGACUCAUACCAGGGUCCCAAGUACCUCCGAGGCCUCGACUGUCAAUGCAACAGUCUCUGUUAGGCCAGUGACGGUGGACCCUACGGAGACGAUCAGCACCCCGGGGCAGACCCCAAUCCCAGCUUCCUCAACCCCCUUGGGAACUACUGAAUUUGCUUCUUUUGGGAUUCCGUUGGGUGCCAACGUGAAUACUCCCACACCCGAGCCUACAACCUCUCAGGAAGUUUCCGCCAAGACAUCGGUGUCGCUUCCAGAACCGUCAGCCAUAGCCAGUGACUCACCUGUCACCAAAGCCCAUCCUGUGACAGACACCACUGAGACGUUUACCUCUCUAGAAACCACGAAAGGGACCACUGCAGCCCCCGUCACCAUGACGACAAGCCCCAAGGCCACCAGUGGACCCUCUGUGGCUACAACAGUAAGCUCCAAGAUCACUGGUCCCCCCGUCACCAUGGCUACUGGGUCUCAGGGGCCCUCCGCUGAGACUCACGGACUCCCAGCCACCAGAGCCACCAGUUCUGUGGAGAGUUCCAGUGUGGCCGGUAGCACCCCGGUUUCCAAGAGGAAAAUAUCCAUAGUGCCUACGCCAAAGCCCACCGGGACACCUGACCAGGGAGCAAGCGGCAUGUUGCUGGUACCCAUGCUGGUGGCCUUGCUGGUGGUUUCGUUCCUCGUGCUGCUGCUGCUGCUGUGGCGCCGGCGGCAGAAGCGGAGGACCGGGGCCCUGACCCUGAACAGAGAUGGCAAGCGAAACGGGGCGGUGGAUGCCUGGGCCGGGCCAGCUCAGGUGUCUGAUGAAGAGGCCGCGGCGGCGGCAGCAGCUGCGUCAGGGCCAAGGGGCAGCAAGGGCUCCGGGGCCGUGGAGACGGACGGGUCCGGGCAACGGCCCACACUCACCACUUUCUUCGGCAGACGGAAGUCUCGCCAGGGCUCUGUGGUAAUGGAAGAGCUGAAGCCUGCGCCAGGUCCCAACCUAAAGGGGGAGGAAGAGCCGCUGGUGGGCAGUGAGGAUGAGGCUGUGGAAACCCCCACUUCCGAUGACAAAGCCGGGGCCGCACCUCAAUGCUUAUGAGCAACAGGUCUUCCCCCGCUCCUUAACCCUGGGUCCUGCUGUCCGCAUCCUCACGUUCUGCAUUUGUGAACAUUUGCAUUCAUCCAUCCGUCCAUCCAUCCAUCCAUCCAUCCAUCCAUCCAUCCAUCCAUCCAUCCAUCCUCUCCCGAACUCUCUCCCACCUCCUCUUCCUCCACGCUCCCUUUUGGAACCAGUUCCCGAAUCUCCACGAGGAAAAGCAUGGUUGACCCUCAGUUCUUCCAAGGACCCCUCCUCGGGAUGCUGGGAUCUGUCAAGAGGAAUGAAAUGACAAACCAGCCAGCUCCCUGGGGUGAAACUUCAGGAGGCACUCGCACCCUCUAGCCCAGUGGGAGCCCCUCUUCGGGACUGCCCCCCAACCUCCAUUUGCUUCGGGGCAGGCCUGGAGAGCUGGGCUGGGGCCGUCCAGCUUGCCCUCCGAACUGUGGCCUGAGGGGUCCCCAAAGCGCCCUGACUCUGCGCUGGCUGGUAGCUGCCGAGGGGAGCUUGCCCGAGAUUUGUAACUUCCUCUGGGGCAGGGGUGAGGAGACUUUCUGGCUCCGAGCAGCCCCAGAACCUGUGCUGUCCCCUCGGUGUGGUUAGUGUGCAAGUGUGACGAUUUAGUGAUGGUUGUGAGUGGUCCUGGUGAGUACAGACAGUGGGUGAGAGCAGGGCAGGGGCCGCUGAGCCCCAAAGGGAGGGACACAGGAACUGCUGGGCACACGGGCCCCUUCCUCUUGCUCAGACAGGGUAGGCGCAGCUGAAACCCUAAGUGUGUCAGUAGCUCCCUCAAAGAUAGCACACUUGAUGGGGACCAAGUAUGCCAUAACCACGUGUGGGUUCUUCGGCUAAGCGGCCAUAUCCUUUCCUCAAAGGCUCCCUCACACCAACACACACACACCAACACACACACACACACACACACCAUGCACACAUGCAAGAAGCAGCGGUCAGCCCAACGCAGGAACUGGGUGGCGCAAAACCACUGCUUUUGAUGCUUUCCCCGAUGGGCUUUGUUUGUCUGUUUCUCCUUCUGUUCCUUCCCUUUACUAAAGGGAAUAAGAGAGCGUUCAGUGAGAAUACGGGGCCCCAGGAUGAGCCAUGGGGGCCGAGGACAGGCCAUAAUUGUGUUGCUUCUGACCUGGCAGCCUCUCCUAGAUCCCAGCCGGGACUGCAGCCCUAGAGGGCACUAGAGGGCACAUGAUCCAAAGGUGGUUGCUGGAGGAGAUUUGCAAGAGGAAGUUGUUGAGUCACAGACCUGUGGUCCUUGAGAACAGACUGACCUACAAAAGGAGAUGUGUGAAUUCGGCUGUGUGUGGCCUGGGUGGGAGAGGGGAGGGUGGGAGGGAGACAGGCCCAGGUGGGAGCGGGGGAGGGGAGACUGGGAAUGCACAGGGACAGCUGCUGUCACACCCCCUCCCCUCGUCUGAGAUGGGCGCCCAAGGGCCACACAGAACCCAGCCCCACUGCUUCUUGGGUGCCGUGUGGGCCGGCUGUAGCAACAGAUGGCAGAAGGGAGUUGUCAUCGUCCCUUGAGGGACACAGCAACUGUUGUGGUAUAUUUUGUCAAGCUGCGUGCCCCAGUUUCAGUGUAGAGGAUAAUGUCACCCAACUGAGCGGCCAGGGGCUCUGACUUCCUCUUGUUCCACAGCCACUUCCGGAGCCAUCUGGGGGUUUCACGUGCGGGGGGGGGAAGCAAAGAAAUGGGGUAGAGAUGGUGGAUAGCACCCAACAGGAUUCCAGCCU